AUGCCACCAAAGCCGUCAGCCAAAGGAGCGAAGAAGGCCGCUAAGAGCCAAAAGGCCAGUCGUGCUGGAGACAAGAAGAAGAAGCAUCGUCGGAAGGAGAGUUAUUCCGUUUACAUUUACCGUGUACUCAAGCAGGUUCAUCCCGACACCGGAGUUUCGUCGAAGGCGAUGUCCAUCAUGAACUCAUUUGUGAACGACGUGUUCGAACGUAUUGCUGCUGAGGCUUCGCGUCUUGCACACUACAACAAGCGAUCAACCAUCUCCUCCCGCGAAAUCCAGACCGCUGUCCGAUUGAUCCUCCCAGGAGAGCUUGCCAAGCAUGCUGUCUCCGAGGGUACAAAGGCCGUCACCAAGUACACCUCGAGUAAGUAA